UUCCACCCCGAAUACUGUCACAAGACAUGAUUCAAAGUGACGGAAGGCAUAUUGGUCUUGAAUGUUAUGUUAGUUCACAUUUACCACUAACGUCUGUGAUAUGGUGUAGAGAACCCGGAGACAGUAUUUCUCCGGAUAUCAAGUCUUACAACGGAUUUAGCAGUAACGGAAUUAGAAUAUUGACCCUUGAAAAUCUCGAAAAAGACGAUUUUGCAACAUACAAAUGCAUAGCUAGUAAUAUUAUUGGUACCGUAGAAAGCGAUCCUGUACAACCUAACGAUGACGAAAGACAAAAGUUUAUACAUGAACUUUUCCUCAAAGGUGAAUGUGGAAGACUACACUUUGCAAGACUAGUUUUUAUUGGAAAAAACGGAGUAGGAAAAACCAGUUUAAUGCGACGAUUACUAUGGCACAAGAAGGAAGAUGUCACUUCUACAAAGAGUACAGACGGGAUUGAAGUCGAGAAAUGCAAUAUCAAUAUUGAUGAUGGGAAAUGGAGCCCAUGUAAAGAAACAGACGAUGAUGUACGCAGAUUGAUUCACCAAGUGUUUAAAGGGAAGAUCCUUAAUGUAGAACGCAAAGAUAUUGAAACUAUUGAUGAUCCGAAACCUUUCAGUUCCAACGAGGAUGAACCAAGAAGUGUAUCGAGCAAAGAACCUUCUACAAGUUUCGAUGAAAGUGAUACCAUAAAUAUCUUACAUGAAAAUUAUAAGGGCGAAAGAAAUACAAGUGAUGAUACAGGAGACAUUCAAACAUUUAUCUCUGAUAACAAAGAUAAUCAUGUAACAGUAAAUUUAAUGCCACCGGAUAGUUUUAAAUUGGAAAAUAUCUAUGACUCUGAUAUUAACCACUUAACAAAGCAAAAUGAGUCCGACCCUAUCAACGAUGAAAAUAUAAACGAAAUGACUUCCACAAUUAUGAAAUCAUGUCUUCAAUUCAGAGAAAAGGAACAAGAUGAUAUGUUGGCGUUUUGUUGGUUAUGGGAUUUUGCUGGCCAAAAGGAUUUUUAUGCCACUCACCAAGUUUUUCUGUCGAAACAUGCAGUAUUUUUGCUUGUAACCGAUAGCUUAGAGUUCACCACUGCUGAGAAUCAAGGAAACAAUUUUGAAAGCUCUGCACAGUAUGUUAGUUUCUGGUUUGAUGCCAUUCACUGCUACUGGUCGACUACAAUCGAAGGCAGACUAGACCCUCCGAUCAUUGUUGUGUGUACAAACGAAGAUAAAUUUAAGACGCGAGAGAAAGAAAAACGUCAGACAAAAUUUAAAGAAAAUUUAAAUCACGUUCUGAAAGGACAGGAGAAAAAAAGACACUUGAGAAACAUAUAUUUUAUUUCUAAUACUGAGGAUACUGAUAUUGUGUUUGAAGAGAUUAGAAAAGAAAUUUCACGUCAGGCUAUGACCAUGCAAGAUUGGGGUAAAGACUGUCCAUUAAAAUGGCUUUUGUUUCAACGAGUCUUAAUGAAAUUAAAAGACAACAAUGUACCAAUUUCAUCAACUAAAUCAUUGCUGAAAAUUGCAAAACAUAAAGAUAUUGAUAUCAGCGAAGAUAAUGAAGUCAAACAAUGCUUGCAAUACUGUCAUGACAUUGGAACAGUUGUCUACUUUGAUGAGGAUAAAUUAGCAGAUCAUGUCAUUUUAGACCCUAAAUGGUUGAUAAAUGCCUUCAGAUGUCUUGUUAGUGAUAAAAUCGAUAAUGUAAUCGAAAUUUCAGAUGACUGGGAAACAUUGACAGAUACUGGUCAAUUAACAGAUUCACUCAUAUCGCUUCUGUUUGAGAAAGAACCAGAAUUGAAAUUUGUAGAGAACAAAGCACAUUUAGUUGAAGUGAUGAAACGAUUUGAUAUUAUUGAUUACCGGUGCUUAGAGCAUAAGACAAACCACUCAUCAGACGAUUUAGUGAAGCCGUGGGGUUUAAAUGAAGAGUUAGACAUCACUAAUGUUCCUAAAACCAAUGGCGGAAAAGGAAGUUUCUGGUUUAACUAA